AUGGACUUCACCUAUCUUCUAUUUGGCGUGUCUUCGCGUGAUUUUCCACAAAGUUCAGACACAUCUCAGCACUUACUGGUACAUUUACAAUGGCUAAAGUCGUGGUUCUCGAUUGAAGUGGUGUUCAUUAAAAGAGGAAAUUGCUGGGGAAGAAAUCUGAUUAAAAAUUCCAUGAAAUAUAAAUUGAAACAUGUCUUAAUUAUGGAAGAAAGUCCAUUUUCAAGUUGGCGAUAUUACAAGAGCGUAGUCGUUAAUAUUCAUAGAGCACAUGAGUUUUACACAAAACAUGAAAAUGUAAAGUUCAGUUAA